AACACAAAGUUAUCAUUGUUGGGUUGGAUAAUGCAGGGAAAACUACCAUCCUUUACCAAUUUUCUAUGAAUGAAGUUGUACAUACAUCCCCUACAAUAGGAAGUAAUGUAGAAGAGAUAGUGAUUAAUAAUACAUGUUUCCUGAUGUGGGAUAUUGGUGGCCAAGAAUCUCUUCGCUCGUCCUGGAACACUUACUAUACUAAUACAGAGUUUGUGAUAGUUGUUGUGGACAGUACAGACAGAGAGAGGAUUUCUGUAACUAGGGAAGAACUCUACAAAAUGUUGGCUCAUGAGGACCUAAGGAAAGCUGGACUGCUGAUUUUUGCUAAUAAACAAGAUGUUAAAGAAUGCAUGACUGUAGCAGAAAUCUCCCAGUUCUUGAAGCUCACUUCUAUUAAAGAUCACCAGUGGCAUAUCCAGGCAUGCUGUGCGCUUACUGGCGAAGGAUUAUGCCAAGGCCUUGAGUGGAUGAUGUCACGACUUAAGAUUAGAUGAUCUCUGCUGACUCUUCUCAUGGACUUUGUGUAAACAAAGUGCUGGACUCUACCUGAAAGCUGCAAAAAUUAAUGGUUUAGAUAUAUUUAUAAUAAACUGACGUAAACUUUUUCUAAAGAAGAAAAAUUAAGACCACUUAUUUGAAAACAAGGAUGACGUUUCACUUUCCAGUUUGCUUUCUCAUUAGUUCCCUCCAAAGUAUAUAUUAAAGCUGUGAUUGAUACUUUUCUCACAAUGAACCCUCUCAGGACAUUUUAGAGCCUGUGGUAAGUACAAAGGGAGAGGAAGACGUUUUGAACUUUAAAGAGCUUUAUUGUCAAUAUAACCCUCCCAGUUGAGUGUUGUUCUCUUGUUCCAUUAAGUCAAAAUACAAAUCAGCACAUACUGUGUCCAAUAUUUUGAAAUGUAAUGUUACUUACAAAAAGUAUUUUGCUUAAGGCUAUGUAUGUAUUGUAUAUAUACCUCACGUUCAAGUUAAUGGCUUUGAUUCAAGUUCUAAGAAAAGCAAAUAAUGAAAAUUAAUAAUACCCUUAGUGAUUACCAUAAUGAGAUAAUACUGGCACUGGUGUUAAAGUGCUGUUUUCUACUUUUCCCCUAUAAUAUCUGUAUUGUAUUAACCAACCCCUCAAAUCAUGGAGCUGCUUUUCAAAAAAAAGAAAAAGCUUGACAUGCUGUACCUAGUUUUUGUUGCUCAGUAGCACACACGGGAGCACAAUCCAACCGAGUGGACUGUCACAUUUUUGGCUUGGUAGUACUAAUGGAUGGAACUGCACAGUGAGGAAUUACCACUUUUUUUUUUUUUUU